CAUAAAAUUUUUAAACGAGUGGAAAUGUGUUUGUGUCACAAUUGGCCUGCAAGUAAGCGUAGAAGUAUACGAACUGCGACUAGUUUAGAGAAGAAAACUCUGGUGUUGGAGACUGUUGAACAAAAUCGGUAUAUUGGGCAAUGAGCAAUUGCAAGAGAAGUGGGAAUAAGCCAAUCUUCUGUUUCUAGGAUUUUAAAAACUAAUAAAUUUCAUCCCUAUCGCAUGCAGUUAGUGCAAGAACUACGAGAUGCUGACUUCUCUCGUAGAUUAAAUUUUUGUUAUUUUGUUUGGGAACAAUUAGAAAAUAAUCCAGACUGUAUUAAUAAUGUUGUGUUUAGUGAUGUUUGAUUUUGUGUUUUGUGAAUAGAAUCGUGACUUGUGAGCACAGUGCGGGUGACCAGAUAGAGCAUCGACUAUGAAAUAAUUAAUUUUUGAUUUAUCUUUUUCUUUUCUAUAAAAUAAAAUUGCGUUUAUUCGAAAAAUUGACAUUGAUUGAAAUGUAUUGUUGCAGAAAGAAAUGCCAGCACUUUGGCCUUCAUUGGCAUAGGCAACAUGGGGUCCCGAAUGGCCAACAAUCUGGUCAAAAAAGGCGAAACCGUCCGCGUGUUUGACCUCACCCCAUCCAACGCCAAAUCAGUUCCUGGUGCCCAAGUUUGCAACACCCAAGAAGAAGCCGUGAAAGACGCGUCUGUCAUCAUAACCAUGCUACCUAACGGCGAUAUCGUCAAAGACACCGUUUUAGGCGAUAAAGGCAUCCUCAAACACGCAACUAAAGGAUCUCUUCUAAUUGACUGUUCAACAAUCCAGCCUCAGGUUGCCCAAGAAGUCUCCAAAGCGACUUAUUCUGCCGGUUUCAAGUUCCUCGACGCUCCCGUCUCCGGAGGAGUCACGGGGGCCGAAGCCGGAACUCUCACCUUUAUGGUAGGGGGCGAUAAACAAGUGCUCAGCACCGUGGAGCCAAUUUUAAUGAAAAUGGGGGCCAAUGUGCUCCAUUGUGGCAACUCAGGAGCAGGCCAAAUCGCCAAGUUAUGCAACAAUCUUAUUUUAGCUAUUACCAUGAUUGGUACUUGCGAAGGAAUGAAUUUGGGCAUUAAGAUGGGAUUGGAUCCCAAAACAUUGGCUUCUAUUAUUAACGUUUCAACGGGAAGAAGUUGGUCGUCGCAGACUUACAACCCUGUACCUGGUCUUAUUGAGAAAAUUCCGCCAAGCAAUGAUUACAAAGGGGGUUUUGCUGUUAAUUUGGUGGCUAAGGAUUUGGGAUUGGCCGAAGGUGUAGCUCUUUCGUGUAAUGCCCCAGUACCAUUGACUGCUGCUGCACAUCAAAUAUACAGGGCGUUGAGUUGUAAUGGAUAUGGGAAUAAAGAUUUUGCUUCGGUUUAUCAAUUUUUGAAAGGAAAUUAAUUUUUUAAAUAAACUGACUGGAAAAAUGAA